AUGGAGCACAUGGCUGAGGAGGCCUCCGCGAAGGACCGUACGGGCUGGUUCAAGCGCACGCAGUGGGACGAGCACCUGCAGGCCUACCCUAGCUGGCGCCUGCUCGCGUACGCGAUCCGGAUGCCGGGCAAGGAGGAGCCACAGCUGCAGCGCGCCGUGCAGCUGGUGGAGGAGCUGGUGGAGGACGCCGUACAGGGGCUCAGCACCCUCUCCCUGGAGACGCUACGCUGGCUGCGCAGCGCCCAGGCCCAGGAGAUCAACGUGCCGCCCUUCAGCUGCAUGCAGAACCCAAGCAGCCAGCUUCGGGCAGCUAGGCUGUGGGCCCGGCUCAUCUGCUACUGCCUCCGUACGGUGGCGGCCGAGGCAGCUGAGGCAGAGGGGGAGGUGAGCACGCUGGGAGCCAUUGCCCGCCUCUUCCCCUGGCACGGCAAGCAGAAGCUGGCUGCCACCAGGCUGUGGGAGCUCAUGAACAGCAACAGCAGCGACAGCAGCAGCAGCAGCAGCAGCAGCGAGCGUACGGCCUACCCGAGAUGA